AUGUUUUGCGACCGAACCGGACAGUAUUCGGCGAGAGUUCAUUCGAAUUGGAUCGUUAUCUUUUCGGUUGUACGUUGAAUAAACUUUGAAGUUUUAUAGAUAGAGUGAAAAAUAGCUCGAGGCAACUGAAUAAGGAUGUUGUGCACCUUAACGGGAAUCCUGGUGGGCACAGCUCUAGUGAUUUACUGGUUCCUAACAUGGAAUUUCAAUCACUGGAAGAAAGCUGGAAUAAAUGGUCCUAAACCGAAGCUACUUUUCGGCAAUCUUCCGAACGUGUUAGCCCAAAAGCGCCAUGUGUUUUACGACUAUCAGAAAUUGUACAAUGAUUUUAAAGACGAGCCAGUGAUUGGCUAUUACAACGUGCGCAGUCCCCAGCUGAUGGUGCGGGAUCCAACCCUGAUCAAGGAGGUGCUGGUGAAAAGCUUCCGGCAGUUUUCGGCCAACGAUUUCUCCGAUUUGGUUGAUGAAAAAUCCGAUCCCCUCUUUGCACGCAAUCCGUUUUCUCUGUCCGGUGAAAAAUGGAAAACUCGCCGAGCCGAAAUUACCCCGGCAUUUACCAACAACAGGAUCAAGGCCCUAUCUUUUCUGAUGGAUGAAGUGUGCGUUCGCAUGAGCGAAUACAUCAGAAAAACGAUAAAGAACGAGGGAUCCACUUUCGAUGUAAAAGAGCUGAUGUCAAAAUACACUACGGAUGUGGUAUCCAACUGCGUGUUCGCCAUUGAUGCCCAGUCGUUCAGCAAGGACAAACCGGAAAUUCGUGAAAUGGGACGUCGUAUUAUGGAUUUCAACUUCACGGCCACUGUUAUUAUGGCAUUGACAACUUUCUUCCCUUCGAUCAGAAACUUCCACAAGUUCACUUUCAUCCCACGAGAUGUGGAAGAUUUCUUCAUCAGAAUCAUGAAAGACGCUAUUCGCCACCGCAAGACAAACAACAUCGUUCGAAAUGAUUAUCUGGAUCAUUUGCUGACGCUAGAACAGAAAAAGGAGAUUUCGGAAAUUGAUAUUGCUGGACACGGAGUUUCGUUUUUCGCCGAUGGAUUCGAGACAUCUAGUUCGGUGAUCACAUACUGUCUGUUCGAUUUGGCAGCCCAUCCUGCAGCUCAGAAGAAACUGCGAGAGGAAAUUCGUAGCUACCAAGCUAAUAAAGGAGGUCUAACGUACGAAAAUAUAAACGAAAUGCCUUACCUGGAGCAGGUGUUCAGUGAAUCCCUUCGUUUGCACGUGGUAAUCCCAGUUCUAUCGAAGCGUUGUACCGAAGACGUGGAACUCGUAGGGCCAAAGGACAAACGAAUCCGGGUUAAGGCUGGAACAUGUGUUGUUGUACCAUACUUUGUUCAUUUCGAUCCGCAGUAUUACGACGAACCGGAAAAGUUCAAGCCGGAACGCUUUGCGCCGGAAAAUGGUGGAACCAAACCGUACAGGGAACGCGGAGUCUAUCUGCCUUUCGGUGAUGGUCCUCGGAUGUGCGUCGGAAUGAGAUUCGCCCUGGCUCAGGCCAAGCGAGGUAUUGCCGAAAUUAUUGACAAGUUCGAGCUUUCGGUCAAUCCAAAAAUGAAGCUGCCCAUCGAGUAUGAGCCGAAGGCUUUCAUGUUGUAUCCUAUUGGAGGAACGCUGUUGGAUUUUAAAGCCCUAUAAAAUAUUUCUGUAGGUGAGUUUUUGUAACGAUUAUGUUUCAACAGUUUCAAUAAAUAUCAUGCAUUGGACUUGAAAAAUCAAA